CAAUCCCCUAUAGAGUCCGCGUCUGCCUCAUCGACACGGAAGGCUCUCUUCUCUCAUUAAUUGCAUGAGCUAGGCGCUCAGGGAAAGUUCACAGAGUGAAGAAAUUGAUGAUCCACCAUGGCUACAUUGCGCUUUGGGCAGCACAUCAUAAAGUCCUCUGCUGUGUUUUUGAAGACGGAGUUAUCCUUCGCACUAGUCAACCGAAAGCCGGUCGUGCCUGGCCAUGUUCUAGUGUGUCCUCUUCGUGUCGUUGAGCGGUUUCGGGAUCUUCGUCCUGAGGAGGUGGCAGAUCUAUUCAUGACCACACAGAGAGUCGCCAAUGGAAUCGAGAAACACUUCCAGGCAUCCUCCCUAACCAUCGCCAUACAGGACGGACCUGAGGCAGGACAGACGGUGAAGCAUGUCCAUGUCCACGUGCUUCCGAGGAAGGCUGGAGACUUCGAGAAGAAUGACAGCAUCUAUGAUGAGCUCCAGAAACAUGACCGGGAAAGUGAGGAUGUCCCUUCCAAAUGGAGAUCAGAAGAGGAGAUGGCCAGAGAGGCGACAGAAUUAAGCAGCCUCUUCAACUAGCUUUUUUAGCCAGAGGUGGAAGACAAGCAGAUGGAGGAUAUCAACAAGAAGAUAUUUGUUCUUAUCUAUCUUUAUGACCAUUUAUUCAAAUAAAUGUUUUAGUUCA